AUGGCUUCAUCUAAUGGCCCGAUGAAUUCCCCCUUUGAAUUGAUCCCCAAGGUCGUCAAUAAGAAGAAUUACUAUACUGACUUCUUGAAGCGCGAUGAGCAGUUCCUCGCUUUCCGCCUUCAGGGCGAGGAGAACCGCAAUCGCAUGAUCAAAGCUGCGCGCGAUAAGGACCGUGCAAUGGCUCAGGCAGCUUCUAAUGGAGUCUCAGCUGAUGCUGCGCAAGCUGAAAUGGACGAAGAUGCUGCCGAGGACGAAGCUGCUGAAGCUGAAGCCUUUGGUUCGAAGACAAUUACGAUACCAAUGGUGAUUGCACGCAAAGCUUCACACGCUGAAGAUGAGGAACCUGGCGCUGAGCCGCGACCAAAGCGACUCAAGCUGCAGGACGGCACGGCAGAGUCUGCUGGUGAGAGUGCUUUCAGCGAAGAUUUCGCAAAGGAAUACAGCAACAUGGCAGCCGACUUCAAGAUUUACCGUCGCAACAACAAACGCAGAGUCUUGCCCAACUCGCGUGAACUUGUGGUUAACUGGAACUCGCGCAAUGCUCCAGAAACCAUUUCUGAACACAAUGAUCCUCAGCGUGUUGACUGGACUGAAAUUGCAUCACCUGCACCCGAAUACUUCACUGGACAUGCAGCUCUACGGAUACCACAGCAUUCGAAGCCGCGAUACAGACUCUACUGGCCGCUGAAGUAUGGUUGGCUCAACGAACAGGACUACUCGAGCAAAUCUAGCCUACUUCGCGACUUCUUCCGCAUUAUCGAAGAGGCCAUCAAGAACGAACUUCACCUUAAUCGCAAGAAAGACUGGGCACAGUACUCUUGCGUAUUCAUCAUUCCCGACCUGUACGAGAAAGUUUUCGUAACAUCCAUCCUCGAAGAAAUGUUCCGCGACUUCGGUUUCCAGCGUGUUUGCUUCAUUCAGGAAAGUCUGGCAGCAACUUUUGGAGCUGGGUACUCGAGCAGUUGUAUCGUGGAUGUUGGUGCACAGAAGACAUCCAUCUGCUGCGUCGAGGAAGGCAUGUGCGUCGAGAACUCCCGCAUGAACCUGAAAUUUGGUGGAGAGGAUGUCACGGAAACAUUCAUCAAGAUGAUGCUUUACGACCACUUCAAUUAUGCGAACAUGGAUUUGCUGAGGAGACACGACUACCUGCUGGCGGAAGAACUGAAGCAAAAGUUCUGCACGCUUGAGGAUGCGCAUAUCAGCGUACAGCUGUAUGAGUUUCAUCUGCGUGCAUUCGGUCAGGACACUCGCAAGUACCAGUUCAAGACGUAUGAUGAAGUCAUGUUAGCACCGAUGCCAACAAUCUUUGAUCAUUCAGACAAGCUUGCUGGCAGACGCAAGCUCAUCGGUCGAUCUACCGACACGUACGAUGACAAGCCUAAUGACCCCAUGUCACUUGCUCAACUGCAGGUCUACAAAUACUCAUCCGACAAUGUUCCCUCAGCUGUAGCGGAAUCGACGAGUACACCAGCACUCGGUGGCGUACCUGCAACACCCAGCAAACCUCUAAACCUGGACCGCUUGACACAUCUUGCCGAUGUAGCGGAAAGUACACCUCGCUCAUCUCCGGGAGGAUCGCCUGCUCCUGACGACACGGCAACUCCAGUGCCAGGAGCUGGAGAUGCAACACCAGCCGUAGCAGGUGCCGGGAUUGAAGGUGCACAGCCAGAUACUGAGGAUGUGCUGCCCGUGAUGCCCUUGGAUCAAGCAAUCGUUACAUGCAUCACAGAAGGCGCCAAGGGCGAUGAGAAGAAGACGCGCGACUUCUUCGGUGGCAUCAUGGUGAUCGGAGGCGGCAGCAAGACUUACAACUUCAACGUCUAUCUCGAACAGAGACUUCGUGCACUACAGCCAAACUUCCAAAAGGAAAUCUUGGUUGGACCUCCUCCCAGAGAGCUGGAUCCUCAGGUUCUGGUGUGGAAGGGUGGCAGUGUGUUUGGCAAGAUGAGAGGCACCAACGACAGCUGGAUCGGACAGUUAGAGUUUGACAGACUGGGUGCCAGAAUCUUGAACCAGAAGUGUAUGUGGGCAUAUUAG